CAGCCCGCGCUGCAGUUGUGGGGCUGCAGCCCGGGGCAGCCACAGCCGAAGGAGGCGUCGCGAGCGGAGCGGGGCAGCUGCUGCAGGGCCGGCCCCGGGGGGACGCCGCGGCGGAGCCGGAGAGCCCGGGCGGAACAUCAUCGGUACCGGUGGCCUGUGGCAGCUGUACCCAGGAGGAAGAGGCUUUUCUGAACAGUGAGGUAGAGCCUUAAAGAACAACAUGGACCUUGAUGUGUUAAACAUGUUUGUUAUAGCAGGAGGCACUCUGGCUAUCCCCAUUCUGGCAUUUGUAGCAUCCUUUCUCCUGUGGCCUUCUGCACUGAUCAAAAUCUAUUAUUGGUACUGGCGUCGAGCACUGGGCAUGCAGGUUAGAUAUGCUAACUAUGAUGAUUACCGGUUCUGUUUUUCUUAUCGAGGGAGACCUGGAUUCAGACCAUCCAUACUGAUGUUACAUGGAUUUUCAGCCCACAAAGAUAUGUGGUUGUCUGUGGUCAAGUUCCUUCCGAAGAACCUGCACUUGGUCUGUGUUGAUAUGCCUGGUCAUGAGGGAACUACCCGAUCAUCAUUAGAUGACUACUCCAUCAAUGGGCAAGUUAAAAGAAUACACCAGUUUGUUGAAUGUAUCAAGCUGAACAGAAAACCUUUUCACCUGAUCGGCACCUCAAUGGGUGGAAAUGUUGCAGGAGUUUAUGCUGCUCAAUACCCAGCGGAGAUUUGCAGCCUGUCUCUUGUAUGCCCUGCAGGUCUGCCAUAUCCAACUGAUAACAAAUUUCUUAAGCGUCUGCGGGAGCUGAAAGAGUCUGAACGUAUUGACAGGAUUCCUUUAAUUCCAUCAACGCCCGAGGAAAUGGCAGACAUGCUGAAGCUUUGUUCUUAUGUGCGCUUUAAAGUACCUCAGCAGAAACUUCAGAAGGCUUCUGUUCAGAAAUGUAACUUCUUUACAGCAACCCUUGCAGACAGUGUCAGGUCAGUGCUCCUGGGGGUCUCUUGCUCCUGUGGUGCCGCCCUUCUCUGGAGAUUUAUCCCUCUUAGGGAUGAGAAUGUUAAUGGGAAAAUAUUUUCCACAGUCUCUCUAAUUUUCCAUAGACUUUAAGGCCAGAAAGGGCCAUUAUGAUCAACCUAAUCUGACCUCUUGUAUAAAGUAGGCCAUAGAACCUCCCCCAAUAAUUUCUGCAUCUAACUAGUAUCUUUAGUGGUUUAGACCACUUUCCUUUUGUGUUUUCCAGCCAUACUCGCCUGAUGCUUUCCUGUUGGAAGGAUCUAAAUUCUUUGGCAGCUUGGUGGGAAGUCUGGAUGCUUUUAGUAUAUAUAGAUAACAGGAAAAGCUAGAUAGACGAAAAGUUAUCAUCCAGUACAUAAGCGACUUGUUUGUUUGUUCUUUUUUUAGCGAAUUCAAUGGAAAUGUUAAUUGUUCCAUUGUGAGGAAAAAGGAACUUAGCAAUAUGUUUUCCUUAGGAAGUUUUUGAUUAAUCAAUAGGAGAAGAGGAAAUGUAAAGUAAUGCCAAGGUAAGGUAAUGAGAAGUAUUACUUUUAUGUGAAUAAUAAAGAAAUGUAUGAUAACUCCUGAGGCAACCUGGCAAGAGUGCAUAGUCUGGCUUGAUAACAAAUUCCAAUUGCACAAUAUGAAGGACAUUUUUUCUGCUUCCUUUUUAUCCUACAAGUUUGUAGCCCCUUUUGAGGAGUCAGAUCUUGUGUGAAUAAUAUGUUUACUCUCUUGCUCUGCAGCGAUGUAACAAAGCCUUGUUUCCCAGGCAUUACGGCAAUAACCUGUCGUCAGAAGGUGUCUCCAAGUAAGCUUGUGCUUUAAUGACAUUGUGUAACGCACAAAAGGACAGACCAGAAGAGGUCCCAGAAUCAGAUUCUGGGCACAGUCUUGUCCAGUGUCCCCAGGAAACUUCUCCAUGUGCUGUCACCUGAGUGGCAGCGCGUGGGCCGUGUGUGGUGUGUCUGUUCUCUUACCCUGAUACACAUUUAUUUAUUUAUAGAUCCUGCAGGGCCUUGUUGAUGUUCGCAUCCCGCAUAACGAAUUUUACCGGAAAUGUAAGUGCGCUGGUUCUGCUCUGCUAGAACCAAACACAAAGUCUCUUGAUCUGUAUCCUAAGUACCCAGUGUGUGUACAAAUCUAUCCCCCCUCAUGCAGAAGGGGACCUAGUUGCCUCCACAACAGGGUUUCCCUGUGGUGGAUGCUUCAUCAGUGUGGAGAUUCCCUGCUGGUGGAGGAGUGUGUAGGGACAGUGUCAUGGGGCACGCAUCACCCCCCCCCCCCCUUCUUGCAACCAGCCCUGUGAGGAGCUAAGGGUGGAGUGACACAGCCAGAGUCUAUGUGUCUCUUCUGCACCCGUCUUUCCCCUGCCCAGCAGUAUUGUGAGCUGACAGAGUCCCCACCCAGCUCCAAACAAACUACACAUUCUUCACAGAGGGCCUCCCCCUAAAAGAGAAAAAGAAAACAAACCCUCAGGUUUAUUAAUCAAAUGUUUACUCCAGAAAAACCCUGCCUGCACCCCCUAGCCAAAUCCUUCUCCAUAGGCUUGGCUGCCCCCCAGGGCCUGACUAUUCCAGGCCCUAGCUCCCCCUUCUGAAUGUAAGGGAGGUGUGAUAGAGCAGCUGCACCUGCCCUGGUGGGUCCGCUUCAGGGGCUGAAAUAAGGGGGAAGUAAUGGGGAGGGGAGUGCCGCUCCCCUUCUCAUUAAAAGAAUAUAGCAGCCCUCCUCCUCGGCUGGACAGUUCAUUUCCCCCCUCCUGUUUGUAUCUGCUUUAAUCAUUGGUCAGCUUUAAUUAACGCCUGCUAACAGAGUGGGGCCGUUGGAGAAUCUUGUCAUGCUAGAGGUCACAGACAUGCUGUCCUCCCACUCAUGGAUCCUGGAGUGAUCUGUGGUUUGUGGGCAGGCCGUAUAUCCUGUUCUGCCUCCCCCGUGGGCCAACUGGGGUACAGUCCCCUUGAGAACACAGCAGUGUUUUCCUCCCACUGUCGCCCCCUCUUGCGGGUUUUCCUUAUUCAGGCAAACCCUCACUGGCGGCCACAGGAUCCUGCUGAAGGAAUAAAGGAAAUCACUCACUCAGGAUUCGGGCCAUGCUGAGUAGCAGUAAAUGGAACAAAUCCCACUUGUGUUUGACUAAUUCUUCUCUGCUGAAAAGUAUUUUUAGAAAUUGCAGAUGAAAAGUCCAGACACGCUCUUCAUGAAAACAUGAGCAAGAUCAAAGCCCCAACGCAGAUCAUCUGGGGAA